AAGUAGACACUUCCGAGUGCGUCGGGCGUCGAUAUCACAGAAGCUUGUGCUCGUCGCGUUAAAUCUUGCAGAAAACGAGCGGUUGAGUAAAGGUGCGUGUGCUUGUUACAAUACUCCAUUUUUACCGAUAAUUAUUUGCCGGAUGGUCCCAAAAAGUUACUUUUACUAGUGAACGUCCGUUUAUAUUCGACCGAGUGAGGUAUUUAUACCGUUUCUGUUUUAAAGAACGUGCGAGAUAGUGAAAUUACAUUGCGACGGUACGGGCAGCCCAGGAGCGGUGUGUGGAUUUUCAUAUUUCGUUGGCGGAACUUCGGCUAGACAUUGACGGAGCACUUUCGAAGGUUGUGGCGAGUUUCAAGCGAACGCGGAUUAAUUUCUUGAAGAUUUGGAUAUAUUGCGAACAAAUUAUUUGUCCGAUAUUCACGUAUGGCGUCAGCUUUCAGCGCACCGAGAUAAAGUUGAUAAUUCAUUGAAGUUUAAUCAGUCCCAAAAUAAAAACCUGCCUAGUUUCAUACAUUUACGACAUUUUUCUACCAGUAGUGUACUGGAUACCUUCAUCAGGCCUAAACUAGGUGAUUUUUUUCAAUUAUAAAGUAUCUAUCAAAACAGUUACAUGCGAUUCUCGAACAUAAUGACAUCUAUGAAAAACAAAGAUCGCAUUUUAGAGGCGAUUGAUCAACUACGUCAUCGAAAAGCAAGACCGGAUGCUACACGGAUAUGUAAUUUUUUAUUUCGAAAAUAUUCGAUAAAUUCAGCGGAGGCCAGAUCGGAUCUACAAUGGUGUGUCGACAAUGAUAUUGUAUUGAGGGUUGAGUAUAAAGGUAACAUUAGUUACCGCAAUGCUCUGAAAAAAUUUUCACAAGGAAAACGAGAACGUGAACCUCAAGGAAAUUCUUCGAAAUCUUUGCCGUUCGAUGGGAACCAAGCCAACAGAAAGUUCGCUUUUCUUUUAAAUAAUGCCAUUACUGAGCUGAUAGUUAACAAUCCAGAUUAUCUAGAAAGUGGUGUACCAGCGGACGAAAUUAUCACUAAAAUUUUAUCCAAAGAUAAUGUCCGAUAUACCAAAAAGUAUAUCAUUAUUUUAUUGGAAAAAGAAGUUUUGAAUGGUGGUGUUAUCAAAACUGAUGAUGAUAAAUAUUUGAUGGGCCCUUCUUCAAUCUCAUCUGAACUUACUGAAAAAGACGACAGUGGCAAUAAAAAACACUACAAUGCUAAAUUUUCCAAUCUUAUCCACAAGAAAAUUCUGAACAAGGAAUCUGAGUCCAGGAAAACUCAUUCAAAUGAAAUAAUGCAAGAGUCCAAUAAGUUUGAUCCCUCUAUUCGGGUGGGUGUUCGAAGAAAGAGAGCUAAAAAAGUAUUUGAUCCAUCUGAUAACAAUGUUCCCAAGAAAAGGGGAAGACCUGCUGGAUCCUUGAACAAAUCAACUAUCGAAAGACAGAUGGCCCGCAUGAGCGAUGAAUCUAGACCAGAAUCACGAACAUCCAACAAUGGUAGUCAGUUUGGGGUUUGCUCAGUUUGUCAUUUGCAGAAUAAAAAAGGACCCAAUGACAAAUUGGUUUCUUGCAGGGAAUGUAGCAACAAAGCCCAUUACAGUUGCUUGAAUGGCGACGAUAUGAUGUUGAAAAUGCAUCCGGACAACACCUGGCAAUGUCCUCACUGCAAGACUUGUUCUAUUUGCUAUGAAACUGCAAAUGCGGGAGCUUUGAUAGUUUGUUACGUAUGUGCUGAUGCAUAUCAUGCAGGUUGUCACCAACCUCGUAUUCCAGACAAAGUUAAAAAUGGAAGCAAGUGGUUGUGCUUCAAUUGCCAGUUACCUGAAGAAUUGGAAAUUUCCAAGAUACAAUCAAAUAUGAGUUUUACAUGCAAAAAUAGUACAAUUAAUAAUGAUGAAGUCUAUUCAGAUUCGAAUUCGUCGGCCAGCAAUUCCAGAUCUCCCCAAUCUUCUUCCGUUCCUAACAGUCCACCAGAGGUUAAUGACAGAAAUAGCUCGGACCACGAACACUCAGAUUCGAAAGAUUUCGAUUCCGAAGAUGAUCCAAAUGUUGACCCUAGAAUACCAGAUGCUACACAUUGGACGCCUGAUGAAGUAUAUCAGUAUUUUACCAAAUAUUUUCCGGAAGAAGCCAAGGUUUUCAAAGAGCAGGAAAUCGAUGGAAGAUCUCUGCUACUCCUCAAAAGGAUGGAUGUAUUGACUAAGCUUAACUUGAGGUUAGGGCCUGCUUUAAAAAUUUACAAACAUGUUAUCACUUUACAAGUCAGGAGAGAUGAUCCAAGGCUGUAUUAUCUGUAAUUUGUAAAUAUUAAGUUCGAAAUCUUAUUCUCGAGCACUAUCCAUUAUUUUUUGGUUUAAUAUUUACUUCCAAUCAUUUAAUUUAUUCGUAUUUUAUAUCAUUGUUUAUAUUACUGUGAUAAUGAAUUUCUCAAACCUAUUGGAAUAAUAUAGAUAUUUGAUUAA